UUAGACCAGACGGAGACGGACGCAAUACAAACGUACGCGUACGCAGUGCGAUAGAUGUGUCCGUGUUAGGUGGUUGUGCACGGCACCGUACGCUGCAAAAAUAAUAUUAAAAACCAUUGUGCCUUAAUUUUGUUUGUUAUGAAGUUCAAAAUAAUUGUUUUAAAUACAGUUUCAGAUUAAACACGUGUUAUAUAAGCCGUGCAUUUGUUUUUUAUGAAAAAAUGCAAUACUGUCUAAUAUUACACACAAAAUUAACCUCGUGCAUUCUGUAGUAACUACCAUCGAUUGAAUUGAUGAACAUUUAUUUAUCAACGUACAACAAACAUGGAGACAGAACCUAAAGAAAACACUGAUUUAUUGGGUAUCAACAAGAAUAAUGUUUUAAAUAUUGGGACAGACACGAGUAUGAAACGUCAUGAGGAUUUACAAGGCCCCCCUGAUGGUGGUUUUAGAGCCUAUUUGAUUGUGCUAGGAUCAUUUUUGACCAAUGGACUAUUGUUCGGAGUUAUAAAUUCUUAUAGUGUAAUUUAUAGUGUACUUCAACAUCGACUUGAAAACGAAAAUGUGCCAAAUUCGGAGAGUAAAGCAUCUUUGGUGGGCGCGCUCACAAUGGGUACGACAUUUUUCCUGUCUCCACUGUCAGGUCUACUAACUGCGUUUCUUGGUUUGCGGGCGACUGCACUCCUAGGCGGCAGCAUCGCUACAGCGGGAUUGCUUCUAUCAUCAUUCGUUGUGAACGAAGUCAAUGCUCUCUACUUCACGUAUGGUUUGAUGUACGGUUUAGGUGCAUCACUAGCAUACACGCCAUCCCUAGCCAUCCUCGGUCACUAUUUUAAAAAAUACUUAGGACUCGUUAAUGGGAUAGUGACGAUAGGAAGCUCAGUGUUUACGGUCAUAAUGCCUCCGUUAUUGGAAUACAUCAUUAAGUAUCACGGCUUAGAAUGGAUGUUCAGAGUUCUAUCCUUCUUCACAGUGGGCAUUAUGCUUUGCGGUUUACUAUUCAAACCUACUCCAUUAAUGAUAAUACAAAAACCUUCUCACAAACAUGACAGUGUCAAAUCUUUAUUAAAAACUAUAGUGACCGUGCAAAUUUGGAAGAAUAAUAAAUACAGAUUAUGGGCUCUUUCGAUGCCAGUAGCGUUGUUCGGUUAUUUUGUGCCGUACGUUCACAUAAAGAAAUUCAUAGAAGAGACCUUUACAGAUGUCAAUGAUAAUCUUCCUUUGCAAUGUUUGGCGAUCACAUCAGGGUUGGGUCGUUUGACUUUUGGAUUCUUAGCGGAUAAGCGCGGAAUCAAUAGAAUUUUACUGCAGCAGAUCUCAUUUUAUGUGAUCGGAGCACUUACAAUUAUUUUACCGUUCGUGAAAUCAUUUAGUCUGUUAGUGGCUAUUUCGCUAGGUAUGGGCUUGUUUGACGGUGCAUUCAUUGCACUGAUAGGUCCGAUAGCAUUUGAACUGUGCGGCGCGACACAUGCAGCUCAAGCGAUCGGUUGUAUGCUAGGCUUGGCUGCGCCGCCCUUGUCUGUUGGACCUCCGAUUGCGGGCUACAUUCGAAGUAUAACGAAGUCUUAUAAAAUUCCAUUCGUCCUAGCCGGUAUAUCGCCUUUAGUGGGCGCUACCGUGAUGUUCAGCGUUCAUUACCAACGACGUAAUUCAAGCCGAUCUGAAUCUAAUGCAAACGGACACACAUACUCGCCUCCAGUAGAUAAUGAAACACUUCCUACAUCAAUCUCGAGCUCAAAUGGCAAGAUAAAUCACCAAACGGCCUUAUAACAUUUAAUUUCUAAUA